AUGGAUGCUCCCGUAAAUCCUGCAGGUAUUCCCGCGAUAGACAUUUCCGCGGCUCGCGCCGAUACCGAGGAUCUCAAUUCUCUUCCUGCCAUGUCCGUCCAAGACGAUGGCACGGAUCAGGUUGUCCCCGGUACCCGAGAGGGUGGCCAAGUUGUUCCUCUGACGGCAGAGGCCUUGGCCGUGAUGGGCCAAACAGAUCCCCGAAGAGGUGCACCAGGAGCGGUGUCAGAAUGGGCCUAUGUGUCAAGCUCAGCGCACCAGCACGCAUCCCUGGCGGGAUCGCCUCAACAACAUAAUUCGGUCCAAUAUUCACCCAGCGAGAUCAGAAACGUCGCGAACUACUAUCAACAAAAUGUCCUUGCACCGACGUUGCAACAGGCAGUCCAUGUACAUCAAGUUGACACAGGACCAGCCGUUGCAGCUGAAGCUGAAGCACGCCACAGAUUGAUCAUGGCGGAAACAAGCAAUUUGCACAGGGAGCAAUUCAAUCAGCUUCAUGCACAAGCGUUAUCCGGUGCUGCCCAACUUCGGUUGGAGUUUGCCCAAGCGGAGAGUCGUCUGCAACAGAAAGAAGAAAUGCUUCGAGCAGCCGGCGAAAGCAUGGCUAACAAACACAGCGAUGAGUUGUCGCAGAUGCGACGUGAAGCCAUAGACUACAAGAUCAAGCUUCAUCAGGCUGAGGUCACAGUCUCGGACGUUGUAGCCCAUGCUGAGAGAGAGUUGGCUAACCGAAGUCGGGCCAGCCAAGAUACCGUUGCAGUCAUGAAUGGCGAACUAAGCCAACUCAAGUCUGAGAUGGGUGCAUUCAUGCAAGUGCAUCGCCAACAGGCUGAGUCGAUGACGAAGCUUCACCAACUGCCGUAG